GAUCUCCACGAAGCUCUCUCUCUCUUUUUUUUCUUCUCUUUAAAAAUUUAAUACUCGCAUUCUCUUCUUCACCCUUUUCAAACUCAUUUCUUUCGCCUCUUCUUUCUUUUUCUCGGAUCUUCUCUCUCUCUCUCCAAAGAUCUUCGAUUCUUUCCGUCUCCUUUUCGUUCGCUCUCUGAGUUUGGAGAAAUCGAAGUUUGGAGUGUGAUGGCUUCGAUAGCGUAUUCUUCAGCUGCAUUUACUGGAACUUCAGCUUCGGAUCUUCUUCGAAGCUCCAGUAACGGCGUGAGCGGCAUCCCUCUUAAAACCCUAGGGAAGGCACCAUUUUCCGUGAAAAAAAGGGAUGCAACUGUAGCUGCAAAGCUGAAGAAAGGGAAGAAGCAUGAUUAUCCAUGGCCUGCAGAUCCGGAUCCAAAUGUGAAAGGCGGAGUCCUAACUCAUCUCUCCCAUUUCAAGCCUUUGAAAGAAAAGCAAAAGCCUGUUACUUUGGAUUUUGAGAAGCCCCUUGUUGAAAUCGAGAAGAAGAUGAUUGAUGUGAGGAGAAUGGCAAAUGAAACUGGUUUGGAUUUCAGUGAUCAGAUUAUAUUGUUGGAGAAUAAGUAUCAACAGGCUCUAAAGGACUUAUACAGACAUCUGACCCCUAUACAACGUGUACACAUUGCCCGACACCCCAACAGACCUACAUUCCUUGAUCAUAUAUUUAGCAUUACCGAUAAGUUUGUGGAACUUCAUGGAGAUCGAUCAGGGUAUGAUGAUCCAGCUAUUGUUACUGGUAUAGGAACCAUCGAUGAUAGGCGAUACAUGUUUAUCGGUCAGCAAAAGGGUAGAAACACUAAAGAGAAUAUUCACCGCAACUUUGGAAUGCCAACGCCCCAUGGUUACAGGAAGGCUUUACGCAUGAUGUAUUAUGCAGAUCAUCAUGGUUUUCCUAUAGUUACUUUUAUCGACACUCCUGGGGCUUAUGCUGACCUUAAAUCUGAGGAGCUGGGUCAAGGUGAAGCUAUUGCCCACAAUUUGAGGACCAUGUUUGGUCUGAAGGUCCCAAUUGUUUCUAUUGUUAUUGGGGAAGGUGGCUCUGGUGGUGCCUUGGCCAUUGGCUGUGCUAAUAAAUUGUUAAUGCUGGAAAAUGCAGUCUUUUAUGUUGCCAGUCCAGAAGCUUGUGCUGCAAUUUUGUGGAAGACUGCAAAAGCUUCGCCUAAGGCAGCUGAGAAGCUAAGGAUUACUGCCCCAGAGUUGUGCAGGCUGCAAAUUUGUGAUGGAAUCAUUCCUGAGCCACUGGGUGGUGCCCAUGCAGAUCCAGCUUGGACUUCACAACAAAUAAAAGCCGCAAUUAAUGAAACAAUGGAUGAGCUCACAGCAAUGGACACAGAAAAGCUACUAAAACAUCGCAUGCAUAAAUUCAGAAAACUGGGUGGCUUCGAAGAAAAUGCCCAGGUAGAUCCCAAGAAAAAGGUCAAUAUGAAAAAGGAGGACCAAAUUGUUCGUACAACCCCAAAUGAGGAGUUGGAAGGUGAGGUUGAAAAGCUGAAACAGCAAAUCUUGAAAGCCAAGGAAUCAUCCAGCAAGCCUCCUGAGAUGGCUCUGAAGGACAUGAUAGAAAAAUUGAAAAAGGAGGUUGAUCAUGAAUACUCUGAGGCCAUCAAAGCCACAGGCUUGAAGGACAGGCUUGAUAUGCUGAGAGAAGAAGUUUCAAAAGUAAAUUCAAGGGACCAACUCAUGAAUCCUGUUAUAAGGGAUAAGAUUGAGAAGCUUAAAGAUGAAUUCAACCAGAAGCUAUCGGCAGCUCCAAAUCACCCAACCCUACAAUAUAAGCUUGACAUGCUGAAGGAGUUUUCUAAAGCCAAGAGUCUCUCAGAUGCUGCUACACUGAAGCAAGAAGUUAAUAAGAAAUUCAAUGAAAUCAUGAGUCGGCCUGAGAUAAAUGAGAAGCUUGAAGCAUUGAAGGCUGAGGUUCAAAAUUCAGGUUCAUCCAGCUUUGCUGAUUUAGAUCAAGGGCUUAAGGACAAAGUUCUGAAUACGAGGAAAGAAGUAGAACUGGAAAUGAUUAGCGCUCUCAAGUCCAUUGGUUUGGUUGUUGAGGGUGUAAAAUCUAAUGAAAAAGUCCUAAGUGAGAAAGAUUCACCCUCAGUCUUCAAAAAUAAGGUGGAUCAUUUGAAUGAAGAAAUUAACAAGAAAAUUGAAAAUGUUGUCAGUUCAUCGGAAUUGAAAAAUAUGAUUGAGUUGUUGAAGCUGGAGAUAGCAAGGGCAGGAAACAAACCUGAUACUGAGUCAAAAAGUAAGAUUGAGGCUAUUCAAAAGCAGAUAAAGCAAAGACUUUCUGAAGCUAUCAUCUCUUCAGAAUUAAUAGAGAAGUAUGAAGACUUGAAGGAAAAAAAUUCUGAAGUCGAACAGUCUUCUGCUGGGGCUGAUGAAAGUUUGCAAAAGGAAACCAAGUAUGAGGAACCUAGACUAGAGAUCAAUUUGGGUGCAAACAGCAGCUUCGCUCAGUGAUCUUGAUUCUGUCGGAAUGUUACUGAGGUAGAUGUUAUAGAAAGAGAUGGUGUUUGAAGUCUGAUUGAAGAACUAAAAUUGCAUCAGAUGAAUUAUUCAAAAACUCAAGCCCUGCAAGAGCCACCAAGUCCACACUCUUCUGCAGGCCAGAGGACACAAGGUUUUGCAUCUAUUAAAACACUGAUUGGUUAUGACGAACAAUUACUGCCCAGUCUCUUUUUCUUUUUCUUUUCUAAGCUGAAUUUCUACGUUCUGAAUUAGAGCUGAUAAAAUUUUUCCCUUUGGAUGUUACUUUUUGUCCUGCUUAUGGUAGAAUGUGUUUGUUUCUCUUUACUCAUAGACAAAGAACAUUGUAUAGUUGUGUGAUCGCUAGGGGAAACUGAAUAGCCAAUGGCACACUUCCAAAUGUCAGGAAUAAACACCUCUUGUUUUUUA